AUGCAACUCCCAUCCCUGCUGCUGGCCCUCCUGCCGGCGCUCGCCGCCGCAGCGACGGCGGCCACCACCACGACGACCAUCACGCUCAUCCUGCCCACGAGCCCCAACCCCUUCACGCUGCCGCCCAGCACGCACGCCACGCUCUCCUCGCUGGGCGCGCACCACGCCGCGCCGCUCUCCACCGUCAACACCUUUGUCUUCCGCAACGUUAGCGCGGGCUCGUACCUCGUCGACGUGCACUGCCCGACGGAGGCGUUCCGGCCGCUGCGCGUGGACGUCGGCCCCCCUGCCGUCGCCGGCGGUGCCGACGCUGACGCUGGUGCUGGUGCCGAGGACACGCGUCUGGUUGUGCAGGCGUGGGAGACAUUUCGCGGCAAUGACUGGGGGAAUAAGGGCGAGGUGAUGGCCUUGACGGAGGGUGGGGGCGUGCAUGUCCGCUGGAUGGGCAAGAAGAAUUACUUUAUGGAGAGGCCCAAGUUCUCCGUUCUUAGCAUCCUCAAGAACCCCAUGAUCCUCAUGGGUCUGGUCAGCAUGCUCAUCUUCAUCGGCAUGCCGUACCUCAUGGACAACAUGGACCCCGAGAUGAAGGCCGAGUUCGAGGCCCAGCAGCGCAAGGGCGGCCUGGCCGCUCUCAUGGGCGGCGGCGGCGGCGGCUCCGGCGGCGAGGGCGCGCAGCAGCCCCAGAACCCGCUCGGCGACUUCGACAUGGCCGCCUUCCUGGCUGGCUCCAAGAAGAAGGAAUCUGGCAACGGCGGCGGCGGCGGCGAGGGUGCGUCGAAGAGCCAGGGUGUCAGGAGAUGA